GUGCGCUCUGAAGAGGAGGAACACACUCCUUUCCACUCCGCUGCCAGGCUCCGCUUCCCCGCACGGCUAGAAACAACACUCACUGGACGCACAGAAGAAGGAAAAUAACCAGAAUAAAAGGAUAUUUAAUCAUUUUGAGGACUGAUUUUGUCGGGAGUUUCUGUUUUUGUUGCGUGCAGUCCCCGCUGUGCGUCGGACUGCCAAGCGUCGUAACGGUAAUACACUUUGAGUGUCAAGUUUCUGGAGCCUUCUGGGAUGUAGCGCAGGGUUAACUCACCUUAACCCACCUUACAGACGUAUUUCCCUUCAAAAGGAUUAGAGUAGUUUUUAAAGAAACGAAUUGGUCGGUUUAAAAUGUUAAUGUUGUUUAGUUGAAAGUGAAACACUAAGACUCUGACUUUUUUGUUUCAUUGAUGGUGAGUUCCCUUAUUAUGACCCCCGCCUGGAGGUCAUAACUGGCCCGUCUUAUCUCCCGCCACAUCACAGCCCCCCACCCUAAUGAUGACUAUGAGCUCUAUAUCGGACACUUUAGUCCCGCCUGAUCCAUCCAAAUCGGCGUUUUUGGAGUUCGGCGGUCACGGCUACCCCGGACACCAGCAGCCCUCCCCCGGUCUGUCCCACAACCAUUACCCGGUCCACGGACUGCACGCCGUCGGGCCCUCCCAGCACGACGGACCCUUCGCCUCCGGGGCAUCCUCGUACGGUCGCCCGCUGGGAUACCCACCUUAUCACAGUCCCGUGAACGCGCACCAUCCCGGGGCUUACCUGCCCUAUCAGCAUGGGGGUCACGGCGGCGCGCUGGGACACACCAGACUCGAGGAUGCAGACCACGAGAAGCCCAUGGCAGUGAUAGAGAACGGGGAGGUGAGGCUGAACGGGAAGGGGAAAAAGAUCAGGAAGCCUCGGACCAUUUACUCCAGCCUGCAGCUCCAGGCUCUCAACCAGCGCUUCCAGCAAACCCAGUACCUCGCCCUCCCCGAGAGGGCCGACCUUGCGGCCAAGCUGGGCCUGACGCAGACCCAGGUCAAAAUAUGGUUCCAGAACAAACGAUCCAAAUACAAGAAGAUCAUGAAGAACGGGCCCUGUGGACCUGAGGGAGACCACCUCGCCCCCCCUGCGCCGUCCUCCGCUUCUCCAUGCUCUCUGUGGGACAUCAGCAUGGCUGCAAAAGGCGCGCCAGUGCACUCUGGAGGCUACAUGAACAAUUUUGCUCACUGGUAUCCAGGACACCAGCAGGACUCCAUGCCAAGAACUCAGAUGAUGUGACAGAGAGUAUGCAAAACCUCCAGGACAAAUAAUGGAUUUACAACAGCAAGCUGAGUGGAGCUGUUAGGGACACUGACAUUGUUGUGAGUCUGAGUCACUCUGGAGGCAAAAAUAAUCAAACUGGAUCAGUGGCAGGAAUUGUAGCUAAGUUCCUGAAAAUUUUAAAGUACACACAACAACUAUGAGAUGUUUAAAAAUUAUUACUAUGACUCAACUUUGUUUCUACGAGGACUAUCCCCUAAUUGAACAAAACAUUUAUUGGAUAAAAUGAUUCUUAGAUGGCCAAGUGUGCAUUGGUCUAGUGGUUGUAGAAGAAGAAAAAACCUCAAACUUCACUAGGAACUGCACCGUGCUAGCUAUCUAUUGAUGUGUUAGAUAUAAGGAAAAAGCUUUGAGCAAAAUGUCAGCAUUUGAUGGUGUCUGGCAGGUUUGCUAUGGGAAGUGCAUUUCCUCCGUGAGAGAUACAAGGAUGUUCCAUGGACAAAUUGAAGCUUAUUGUCGAGUAGGAUCUCAAAGGCAAAGGUCAGUGUCAGGCUGCAGAACUGACAACAAAGCCUUCGGCCACAAUAAGCCGACAAGCGUUGUAGCCACAGGUGGUUUCAUAUUUGCAUUGCAAAUUCUUUUUACAAUUUUUCUGCUAUUCUCUUACAACUUACCUAAUUUGAACGGGUGUAUAUUUGACUCAAAAUAUAAACACUAAUGGUAAAUAAUAUGUUUUACAUCAGGGGUAGAUCAGAGUGGGACAAUAGACUCAGUAAUGUUUUUAUUAAAAUUUAGCCACAAUAAGCUAAAUAGUUAAAACAGUCUCACUCAAAACAGCCAGUCAUGUUAUUUUUGCCUUCAGCAGGGCUCUGCUUUACAAUGUGGUAACUUUUAUCAUAAAGCUACAACUCUUAACUAAUGACAGCCCUUACAUGCAUCUCUGUUUUCAGGUUUUUUUUCUCUGUCUUGCAGGGGGUCAUAGCAGGACAGGUUUAUGUGGAAAAAGAAGGGUUCUUCAGGGCUUUUUCAUAGUUUUUCUUACUGGAACUGUACUGAUCUAAUGCUAAAAUAACAGAUCAGAUUAAAGAACUAAAGACAAUUAGAAAGGUUAUUUUUAUGCUGACUUGUGUGUGCUUUUUUAUCAUUUGGGUGUAACGUGAACCUUUAAAGAGCCAGUAUGAAGUUGAUUGAAGUACCAACAUGGGGCUCUGAUCAGGUAUGCAAUAAGUGGCUUUAUGGUACUUAAAAUUCCAUUGUUAUGAUCAUAUGGGGGAAGCAUGAAUUUGACAUGCCUGCUUUAUUUUAUGAGUCGAAUUUUAUAUAUAUUUUUUCAUUGAAAAAAAUUGUAAAUGGGUAAAAGAUGAAGCCAAAAAGGAAAUGCCAAAAAAAUGUAUUGGAAAGCCAUAUUUGUAUAAAAUGAAUUUUCACCAGAUCAUUCAUGACUAAUGUGCUGAUUUUGUCAUUCUCAUGAUUCAUUUUAUUGAAUUGAAAUCACGUGAGCUAGUCAUUGUUUACUUUUUCAUUCAGAAAGAGGUGACAGACAAAGGGCUUGAAUGCAGAAAGUUUAGAUGAAUAAUUUGUGGUUCUACAAUUCCAAAAGUGAACGUUUUCACAUUUUCUCAUUAUUCUCUGUUGGAUAGUGAUGUAAUCAUCUGUUGAAAUGUUCCUGUAUCCCUAUUUGGACCUUGUAAAGAGAGAAACUCCUCGAGAACUUCAGUGAAGUUUACAAUCAUAAACCAUAUUCUGCUGACUGGAAAAUAUUCAGCAAUCUCUUAUAUUCUAAUAAUUUGCCAAUAAUAUAUUGGUGAUGGUCAGGAUACGCUAUGUCAUGUAAAUCAAUAAAUCAAACCAACUGAUA